AUGGUGUGUGAUGUGACGUACUGGAUGAACCAGAUCUUGUACGACCUUCGGGCGCCGGCUUUCACCCUGAACACAGCAAUCGAAGCAACGACACUGGCGAGCCGUGUGGGCGGCUUGCAGUGCUGCAUCAUGCCUGCCUGCUGUGGGCUCUACGAGCAAGAGGAGCUUAUCCGAGACCGGAUCCGGCCAGGGGACAUGCUGGUGAUCUCUGUUGGUGGCAAUGACAUUGCCCUUGCCCCUUCCAUCUUCACAGUGCUAGCUAUGGUUCUCUUGAUGCUAACGCCUUGGCCGUUGCUGUUCUGCUUCCACCCUGCAGUGGCGUACUUCAUUGGGCUUUUCAGAUUUCAGGUACAAUGCUAUGCAGACAGAUUGACGCAAAGAACACGUCCUUCCAAAAUCGGAGUCUGCAUGAUCUACAAUUUGGAUGAGCGAAAUGGCGA